AAAAAGAGUCCGCUCCUUACUCCAAAUAAUUACUACUACACCAAAAAAAAAAAUAAAGGCAAGAUUUUUGGGUUUUUUUUUAACCCAAAACAACACAAGUACAAAAACAAGAACAAGGCCAGCGCCAAGUGACCAAAAAAGAAGAGAGCUCUGGUUCUCAUAGUAUAGAAGUUGAGAAGUCUUUCAUCAGUUCAGUUCAGUUCAGUUCAGUUCCUGGGUUUGUGGUGGGAUUUUUGAGAAUGGACUCUGGUGUACUGGAUGACAUUAUCAACAGGCUAUUGGAGUAUAGGCAUAUGAGAGCAGGGAAGCAGGUUCAGCUCAUGGAGACCGAGAUCCGUCAGCUCUGUACUGUUUCCAGAGAAAUUUUCCUCCAACAGCCUAAUCUUCUCGAGCUUGAAGCACCCAUCAAGAUCUGUGGUGACAUUCAUGGCCAAUAUACUGAUCUUUUGAGGCUUUUUGAGUAUGGAGGGUUUCCUCCCAAUGCCAAUUAUCUAUUCCUAGGGGACUAUGUAGACCGUGGCAAGCAGAGUUUAGAAACAAUAUGCCUUUUGCUUGCCUAUAAAAUCAAAUACCCUGAGAACUUCUUUCUUUUGAGAGGGAACCAUGAAUGUGCAUCUAUUAACCGGAUAUAUGGAUUUUAUGACGAAUGUAAACGUCGGUUCAAUGUAAGACUUUGGAAAGUCUUUACUGAUUGUUUUAAUUGUCUUCCUGUGGCCGCGCUCAUAGAUGACAAAAUAUUGUGCAUGCAUGGUGGCCUUUCCCCUGAUUUAACAAAUUUAGAUCAAAUCAGGAACUUAACUCGUCCAACUGACGUUCCAGAUUCUGGUUUGCUUUGUGAUUUACUUUGGUCGGAUCCUGGUAGAGAUGUCAAAGGCUGGGGAAUGAAUGAUCGUGGAGUCUCUUACACCUUUGGUCCAGAUCGAGUGUCAGAUUUCUUAACGAAGAAUGAUAUGGACCUUGUGUGUCGUGCCCAUCAGGUAGUUGAGGACGGGUAUGAAUUCUUUGCUGAGAGGCAACUUGUUACGAUAUUUUCUGCCCCCAACUAUUGUGGUGAAUUUGAUAAUGCUGGUGCAAUGAUGAGUGUUGAUGACAGCUUAAUGUGUUCUUUUCAAAUUCUUAAGCCAGCAGAUAAUAAAAAGUCUAAGUUCAUUUGAACAAGACACAAUAACUGCAGUCUGAAUUGCCCCUAAGACUUGCCAAUAAUGCCUCAUUUGAUUCAAGACAAAGCACUUAGAAGAUGAAAAGGCUGGAUUUGAAGCUCCUUCAAACUUCAGUGGAAUAUCUAGGAUCACUUUGUGUUGAAGGUAUGAGUCAUAUAUUGGAAAAUUAUUGUCUGCAGAAGGAGCUUUGUAACUUCUCAGGAUGGAGCCAACUUCCUUCCGAGCUGAUGGCAAAGGCAGUAUUAUCAUUUCAAUUAAUUGUCAAAGUUCUCUCACCAAAAUUAUGGUGUGAGUAAACACACUGAGUUAUGUAAAUGACUGGCACCAUAGAAUAUGGACACCACUGGGAAAAUGUUUUAUCUGCCAACAUUUUUCAAUUAAUGAAUCUUUAUAAUUCUGGUUUUUAA